CCCCGUUUCUCUUCCCACAUCCUCAUCCCUGGUCCUCAAUCCAUCCAUCCAUCCUCCCUCCAGUAGAUUUACCAAACUGCACCCUUUCCACCACCGACCUUUGCCAACGCACAAUUUCCCAAUCACAACACACCCAUUCAUCAAUUAUCAAGACCGCUAUUACCACCUUGUUGGGUUCGGCCAUUUGUUGCUUUGCUGACUUGCCUUGUGCUUCACAAUCAUUUGGAGCCCACAUUUCUGUCACUCCUUGGCCUCGCCCGUCCCCUUCUUAGGCGCUUUCCCCUACUCCAUCCGCUUCUGCCAACAAAGAGACACGAUCUCGUCUCCCGGACGAGCACCUUACUUUGCACAUACUUCCAUUGUCUGAUCUCGAUCUCUUUCGGUCUUUCAGGACACACCGCAGAAAGAAAACCUACCGAUCGCCCUGUACCUCGUCCACCUUGUCCCUCAACAGCCUCUAUGAGGGUCCCAGCCGUGACCACUCUCUUGGGAUAUUGUGUACCUCGCUCUGCUUGGGCCGUUCGAGAAUAGCCUCACGCGACUCCCCUUGCCUUUGAGGUGGAAAAAUCAAGUCUGCUGGCUGCCUUCUCCCGCCCACACGAUUCAAGUCGAGGAGGUCUGUUUUGACUGACCAACAGUCUGCAACAGGGCACGCCAAUUUCCAUCGCAUGAAUUGGUGAUAGCCUUGCUGGGUCAUAAAAGCAACAGAACAUCACAUCUUGCUUCCAUCGGGACACGACUCCGGGCGGACACUCGCAGGACUCCGCUAGUCUGGUGCGAAGGCGUCUUUGUCCAACACACCGUCCCCGCCUUCUCACAGCCAUCCCUCUGGAUGACAGGACGCAAGAGUCGCAAACAUGCCUAAAGCCUCGGCUUUGCCACACCUCAAAUUGGAUGCUGCUCAAAUCAAUGAAGAUUUCAAUCGCUUGACACCUGCCGCCCUAAGUCCCCGUUCCAUUGGCUCUCCACAUACACCAGGCUCGAUACCGGGCAGCCCCUACCUCCAGCCUGCAUCGGCUUCAUCAAAUAUGCACCACCUACCUAACGCGCAGGAUUCGCGGCAUGAUGCUUUCGCAUCUGACCCUUCUUCCCCCCGCAUCACCGCCAUGCCUGAGUUCCCUCCGUCCCCCGGCCCUCCCCUGUCUCCUAAACAUGGCCGAGAAACCUCAAAAGGGUUCUUUUCCAAUCUCAUCGCCUCCAAGUCGUCACACAAGCUUCAUCCCUCCGAGGGUGCAAUUCCAGAAGGCGUGGAAAAGACCAAGGCCCGGAGCAGGGCAAGUUCCAAGGACCGAGUCCUCCAAAGUGUCAAGCGACAAGGCUCUACUCCUGAACUUCCCCGCUAUAUAACUGCCAGUACUGUCUCCAACGAUAGCCCUUCACCACUACUUACGGACAAGCCCACACCGCAACUACCCAUUGAAACCGCUCAGACCAAGAAGAACAAGUCCAAGCUCGGAGGAAUUCUGUCGAGAACCAAGACUCUGAAGUUGGAUGAUAGUCCUCCAAGGCAGAAGUCUAUCGGUCCUGCUCACCUUCAACUUGAGAAUGGCUCUCGCCCCCGUGAAAAUCUCGAGCCUUCACCAAAGACUGCCCCGAUCAGGCCAGAUUUUCGCGACAAGGCCUUUGCUGACGAUUUAGGCUCGUCCGCACGCAACCAUUCUAUGGAUCGCCAUGGAAGGGAUGAGUCUGCUGCAAGAAGGGAGCGACAGGCCAGUGCCAUGCCCACAUCGCAGUCCUUUCGAGACGGAUCGACCAUGCAACUGUUUUCCAACAUUGGGCAAACCGGGAAGGGCAUGGGUGACAGACUUGGAAAGGCUGGAAAGGGGUUCUUGGGCAAGAUCACUCGUAGCGGCAGCAGCAACGAGCGUGAGCACAUUGCUGACGACAACUACACUUGCACCACCAUCAAUCUUCCCUUGAUCAAGCAGACGCGCAAGACGAGAAUAGCACGACGACUGGAAAUGUCCAAAGACAAGACCGAAUUCUGGAUGCCAGCCUUGCCUUGGAGGUGUAUUGAUUACCUCAACAUGAACGGCUGUGAAGAAGAGGGCUUAUAUCGAAUUCCUGGCAGUGGAAAAGAGGUCAAGCAUUGGCAGCGCCGUUUUGACAGUGAACUUGAUAUCAAUCUUUUCGAUGAACCAGACCUCUAUGAUAUAAACACCAUUGGAUCAAUGUUCAAAUCCUGGCUCCGAGAACUGCCAGAUGAAAUCCUACCGAAGUCGGUACAAAACAAAGUCGCUACACAGUGUGCUGGUGCGACAUCAGCGCCUCAAUUGUUGAGGGAUGAGCUUUCUCGGUUACCACCGUUUCACUAUUACCUCUUGUUCGCCAUCACCUGUCACUUGAGCCUCCUCAACAGUUAUGCAGAGAAAAACAAGAUGGACUAUCGCAACCUCUGCAUCUGCUUCCAACCCUGCCUGAAGAUCGACGCUUUCUGCUUCCAAUUCUUGGUCAUGGAUUGGAAGAAUUGCUGGCAGGGUUGUUGGACCGAGAAAGAGUACCUGGAGGAGGAAUACCGCUACGAAAGAGAAGGAUCUGUUGGAGAGAGCGAAGAUCUCGGGGUCGACGAACGGGCAAUCUCAUCGAGUGGCAGUAGCCAAAAGCAGCAAGCAUCCAUCCCACCCCGCAGUUCAGAGGCAGCCACGCAGAGGAAGUCUAUGGCACCCAAAUCCAAACAAAGGAGCCUCUCAUCCGGCGGCAGUGCCAAAGAUCGAGACAACCGUGCUCACAGUCCCACACAAAGCGUGCCGGUGGUGCCCAUGCCUAGGCUGCUCACCCCCGAACCCCAAACGACGAGUACCAUAUUGGAGCAAAAGCUGCCAGAAUUAACCGGUCUUUCCCCAAUCCGGAUGUGACCAAGCAAUGGGAACACGUCGUUCCUUGUACAAUGAUACCCCUGAGAUCAAGAGGAGGAAUUCGAUCAAAGUUUCGGAAUGAGCAGAAGACAGACAGGUUUGGAUGCCUAGGACCAAUGUGUCCGAUUUCUUUCAACCCCUGACACAAAGCGGCAGCAAUGAGAUUGUCGCUUUUUGGAUAUCAUGGGUUCAUAUGUAUUAUCUAGUGGCCGGUCAUUUCAAGAUCCGCGCGGCAUUGAUGUUACCAACGCCAUUUGAGUUCUGCGCUUUAGAAAAGGAGGUGGAUCCUAUCGAGUGGAAACCACGCCGAUGGUUCUUUACUCGACCUGGAUCGUGUAUGAAUAGAACGUUUUUCUUGUGAUAGCGAGGAGUGGAAAGAGACCAAGCCAUUACGAAAUUGAAGGCCACCAGUUGCCUUGCC